AUGGGCGACCUCUAUUAUCGCGAUCCGGCGCUGUUUGAGUCGCAGAGAAUGGUCACGUCUCUGGUCCAUCGAAUCAGCGUGACGCUGCGCAGUCCACGGUCCGUGCUGGGCGUGUGUGCGUCGCCAAGCGGACUUGUGAUGGGGCCAGUCUACUUUGUGCACCAUACCAAGCGCGGCGGCGAGAAUACAUGGGAGAAGUUUAUACCCGAUCCAGGGAGUGUGCGAGAAGUGCACACGUCUGCCGAAUGGGUGCUCGUCGUGGAGAAGCACGCCGUGUACCAAACACUACAGACCUCCCACUUUCUCGAGCAGGGUCUCGUGUACGGAAUUACUGCGCCCGGCGCGCUCGUCACAGGCAAAGGCUACCCCGACCUUGCCACACGAUGGAUGCUGCGGGAACUUGCACAAAAAAUGCCUUCUCCACACAUCCUCUUCCUCCUCGAUGCGGAUCCACACGGCGUCGAUAUUUUUCGGUAG